GCACCUGUCAAAUUGAUAUUCAUUUGCAACGUGUUUCAAUGGAAAGUUUGCUGCGGAUGUUCGGACCACCGGAACUCGGAUGGAAUCCGGAAACUCCUUCGGGUUGGACCAGAUUUCCACCGGGACCGGGGUUCCGAAAAAUGACCAUUUUAUGGAAAUGUAUGUACGCCAUGGAUAUGACGAACGGCAACCUACACUCCAUUCGAGGGAGCAGGUGGAAAGGCAGUUUGAGUCUUCUGGAUUUUCAGGAAUUGCAACGGGGCUGGAUUUUAGCAGAGACAAAGUUACAGGCAAAGACCUCAACAACCGCUCUUGUUGCUUCCGUGUACCAGAAACCGUUGCGCCUCGGAGAACCAAUUCAUGUUCCAGCUCGUCGACUGUGAGAUGGGCACCGUUCAUCGACUGGUACUGGAGAAGCAGAUGUGCCAUUUCCAUUUCGUGGAAUUGCUCAGUGGAAGACAUGAAUAUGGACGAUAAAAGAACACAGCUGAUAUUCAACUGAAAACCCAAUUAAACUCAACUACACCUGUACACAAAACUCAAUGGUUUUAAUUCAAACUGCCCAGUUUACCGUAGAUUUAGUUCAGCAAAUGUUUAAUGUAAGUAAUCUUCUUUUUUUUUUAAUUUAAAAUCACGAUGCUUAAUUGAAUAUCAAUAAAACAAGUUUCAGCACUGUGUUUUAUUGCCUCAACUUUUUCCCGCUUUAAAAUACGAAACAAUUAAAAUUUUACUAAGUUUACAACCAAAUUAUUAUAAAGUUAUUGAUUAACAACUCCACAAACAAAAACUUCAAACUUCGAUUCUCAUUGAACUUGGCUGGUUUUCUAUUCUUCCUAAAUGAACCAAGACCCCUUCAAAACAGUCCACGUUGUCGACCCAAAAUCGUAGCCUUUUUUGUACAAAUUGUUCAAGGCGGUCCAGAAGGUCUCGGAUGUUUUCCCAGAGACUUCUGCAAAAACCAAUAACUACUAAACUUCAAGCGUUUCCCUGCACAAACUAAAAUAGCGGAUCUAUUUUAGUUGAGCGCCAAGUAUAACCUAAGGGUGAGUUAGCCUGCCCAGCAUCUAUAAGAACCCCCCUCAAUAUGCCUCAGGGUCGGCUAUCCGCGUUCUAGCUAGCACAAGAAAACACGGAGCUUUGUGAACACGAACUUUCCCCGUUUGUUGUUUAUUGGGUUGAUGGGUCGACAAGAUGGUUUCUACCACUAAGAUUUCACAAAAACGUAGACUCUUCCUACC